CCUCCUGCCUCCGCCGCUCGCCCCUAUAGCCCCGCCCGACCUCGCGCCGUCGUCAACGUCCCCCACAUCGUCCCUUCGGGAUUCUCCGUGUACAAUAAGUUUCUCCCCAUCCCAGGCGCCGCUGCUGCUUGUUAGAUUUCAGUGCUGGACGCUCCUGACCGAGUCCCACUCUACUAGAGCCUAAGCGCGCACAACAGGUGUUCGAAAAAAUGCAUCUCUGAAACGUCUCUUCUUUUCUGGCCUCCACAAGACAGAACGGCGCGGCGCCAAGAAUGGCUUUCGGUUCCGUCAUCGAGAGGAACGUCGCGCUGCCACUCAUGAGGCUGGUCACCAUGGGCGGCGCGCCGAUCAUGCAGCAGCUGCACCUGGAGGAACGGCUGCUGCGUCGAGCCAGCGACAACUGGUGCAUCCUCAAUGACGGCACGGCUCCUCCCACCAUCGUCAUGGGCGUCUCUGGGAAAGUCUCUGAGCUCGUCGAGAUAAAGCCUGUUCUUCAGGACGGUGUGCAGGUGAUAAGGCGCUUCAGCGGAGGUGGCACUGUCAUUGUUGAUCAGGGGACCGUGUUCGUCACCUUCAUAUGCAACAAGACUGCUGUCGCCGGCCUGCAGCCGUUUCCUCGCGACAUCAUGACAUGGACUGGCCAGCUGUAUGGUAAAGUGUUCCGUGGGUUCGGCGAAUUUCAACUGCGUGAGAAUGACUAUGCAUUCGGUCAUCGAAAGUUUGGUGGAAAUGCUCAGUCCAUAACAAAAGAUCGUUGGGUACAUCACACAUCAUUCUUAUGGGAUUAUGAUGCGAAAAGUAUGAAUUACUUAAAAAAACCACAACGUGCUCCUGAAUAUCGGCAGGCGAGGAGCCACAUGGAUUUCCUGUGCCGGAUGAACGAGUACAUGCCAUCACGGUCAGUUUUUACUGAAGGGAUAACCACCGCUCUUAAAGACCACUUUACAGUUCAACACACAGAGCUAGACACAGUUCUUUCGGAUGACAUUGAUUUCGUGCCUUCUACAAAGAUGUUAUCACCGCAGGACUUGCAAGAUAUUAUCUCCUCAAAAGAAUCUCCUACAGUAGAGAGAGUUCAAGGAUGGCCACAAUCAUGAAGACAACUUAUUUUGUGACAUGAUUUGCAUGUCAUGUGGUGAACUCACAUGUUAUUAAGAUAGCUUAUUUUGUGACAUAUGUCAGUUAUUAUUAUAAUGUCAUGUGAUGAACUCAACUUGGAAUUUAGGUGACAGUUUUCUCACUGGAUUUGUUGCUGCCAACACCCAAUCAGGUUUUGUUGGAGUGGGCUGGACUUGUAUGAAAUGUCCUUCAGAUUUCAGGCAGCUGUACGUUUUAUUCACUCUGAUGUAGAUAACACUUCAAUAAAAAU